UCUGUAGAUGUACCUAGAAAAUCACGUGGAUCGCCACUAUUUUAACUGUAAAUAGUCAUUUUUUUUCGGCCAAUAUAGUUUUCCGCCGAUCUUCGGUCUAACUAGAAGGAAAAAAAAUAUGAAAAAAACUUUUUCCAAAAAAGUGGUAGAAAUCCCAUGGAAUCACCCUAUAUUGAAAAAAAAUUAUUGUAGCUAUUCAAUAACAAAGAAAUCUGAAAAAUUUUAUUUCUAGCUUUCAACGAUGACAACGAUCAAUGUUUAUGUAUAAUGGCUCCAAAACUGAAUCUAGAUUUUGAUAGUACAUCUCAUUUAACGAUUUUACCAAAUAAUAGUUGUGAUCGUUAUUGUGAUAACACAUUGAGUCAUUCGGACGUUAAACAUAAAUUUCAAUGUGGUUCACUAACAGAUUCACGUAUAUGGGCUAUAUAUAAUUUAAAUGCUAUAUGCCCGAUUGGUUUUCUUUAUAUAAAAGAAUUAGAAAAAUGUAUAUCUACUUAUAAAGGACUUCCAAAUUCCUGCUCUUCACCAUCAAUGAAUUAUAUUUAUGCUGGAAAUCUAACUUGGAAUGUCUUUCUAAAAAUUAUUCAAAAAUUAAACUUAACUAAAUCCAUGGUUUCAAUUGAUUUCAACGAUGAUAUUACAAUUGAUUCUUCAUGGAUGUGUUCAACCACAUCAACUACCCAUAAAAUAAAUGCAAAUCUAUCUAAUACAAGUCCUUCUAAUAGCAAUUUUAGUACCAAUUACGUAUUACACAGCGGUUGCUUACGUAUAUCUUCUCAUUCUUUACAUUCGCAUAUAAUAGCAAAUCGCUUAUGCAUAGCGAAUCCUUUAAAUGACGACUUAUCAUCAAAUUAUUCUGUAAGCGAUCAAUAUUAUGAAUUUGAUUUUGCUCAAAACUUCCCUAAAUGUCUUCCACAAUGGUUAGAUAUAAAUACAAAUUGCUAUCGAAUGCUGAAUAACCGCAAGACAAUUCAAGAAGCAAGAAAUAUUUGUGUUGAUUUGUCAGAAGCCGAGAAAAACAGAAUUCAACAAACAGAAUUGAGGCUAAAUGUUGCUGAAGAUAAUGGCAAUUAUAUAAACAAGGAAUCGAUUCCUAAAAUUAUGAAUUUUACGAUGGAUUUCUUCCAAGGUGAAAUUGCUCAUUAUACAUCACAAUGGCAAACUCGUCUUGGUUUUUUUCUUCUUGAUACAAAUGUAUCAUAUGAUAUACCAAAACUUAGACCAUUGGAAGAAUGGUACCCAUAUAUCGAACGUUCUGCAUCGUUAGUGUCCAAUGUUGGUAUCAAUAUAUCAUCUGUAAAUGAAUUUCAAAUGAUUAGUCCAAACAAUGAUAAUAGCUCAAAUCUAAGAGACGAUUCAUGCUUAGUUUUGACACGUUCAGGAAUCGACGAAAAACAAAGAAGUUCUAUUUUAAAAAAUAUUCAACUGAAUAAUUGUUCGAAGCCAAGACAUACUUUAUGUCAAACCAAAACAAUAAAAGGUUAUAACUCUGAACAAUAUUGCUAUCGUAAACCAUUAACACUUGACUUACUAACAAUGAUAUCAAAUCAUUUAACAUAUGAAUUAUGUUUAACUGUUUGUGGAGAAUUUAAAACAAAUAUGGUUGUUAUACAUAUGAAUAAAUGUUAUUGUAUUGAUGCUGCUGUUUCACAAAUACUUGAUAGUCAAAAAAAUUUUGGAAAAUAUAGAACAAAAGAUUGUGGAAAUCCUUGUCCUGGUAAUACUCGACAAUUGAAUAUUGGUGCUCUUCUUGAUUCUCUAAACUUUGGUCGAAAUUGUAUUCAUUUAAAUUUUAUCAAUCACUCGGAAAUAUAUGAAUUCCAUUUAAAUCAUAUAAAUGAUAUUCAUCCACGUCAUUGUUUAGAAUUAUGUAAAAAAUAUAAACAACAAUAUACUCUUCUGAAUUCAAAUAAAUGUUUAUGUACAAAUAUUGUAAUGAAAAAAAAACGGUAUAAUGGGAUUGAUUUUCCAGAUUUAAAUUGUACUCAACAGUGUCCAGGUAAUUACCUUUAUACAUGUGGAAAUGCAAAUGAUUCAACGAUAUAUACAGUAUAUGUUGAACAACCAAGAUGCCCUCCUGACACGAAUUAUCAAGCUAGUGAAGAUGAACGACGAUGCUUAUAUGUUAAUUUGACAGUAAAGAAAAAAUAUUUCUCUGAUGCGCAAUCCUUUUGUAAAUCUAUUGGUGGUAUGCUUGUAAAAAUACAUGAUACUUUGGAAAUUCAAGAUACAAUACCCAAAUACAUCACAAGUUCUAUUCAUGAUCCAACAUAUUUUUGGAUUGAUCGUACAUCGGAUAACAUAGAUAUCAACAAAGGAUCAAAUCAUUCGAUCGAAAAAUGUUUUCAAACUUUAGAUUCCAUUGACCAAAAUUGUAUAAUUAUCCGUCGAGAAGAAACUGUCGUUGAUCAUACGUCGACUUUUAAACCAUGUUUUACUGAAUCAGAUCAAUGUUCAUCAAUGUCUGCUAUACCAAUUUGUGUUAGCAAACAUCUAGAAUUUAAUUCAAUUACAAGUGGUGAUUCGUCAAUCAUAUCAGCUAAUACAAUAAUAGAUUAUUCAUGUGGCAAUGAUUCAGAUUUUCAUUUUAUGAAUGAAUAUUGUUAUAAAAUACUCUUACACGAAACUACUUGGAAUGAUGCAAAGGCUGAAUGUGAACGUGAUAAUGCUGAAUUAUUUCUACCUGGAGAAUCUGCGAUACUCUUCUUCCUAAAACUCUUAUUUCUACGUCGGUACAGUUACACAUCAUCUGGUUUUGCACAUCUUGGUAUUUUUUAUGACGAACAAAAUUGUACUGCUAUGCAACAUAACACAGCCGAUGAAAAUAGUUCGAAAGAUGUACCAGAUCCCUAUGUUCCUCAUACUUUAUGUAAAGAAUCAUUUAAAAGGAGUGUUGAAAGUUUCCGAUCUUCACGAAAUUUAUCAACUAAUGACGCUAAUCGAAUAAAAACUCAGCUAACUACUUGUGGAUACAUUGAUUUCCGAUCUGACUCAGUACCAUCGAUUUCAUGUUCGGAUUUAUCUUGUAAUCGGCCAGCAGCUGUAAUAUGCCAAAAGUUACCGAUUGUAAAAACGCGAGAUGUUUUAGCAAAACGGUUAGUUAUCACUAUGAUGCAUGCAGAUUAUAAUUAG